CACUGGUUGUUCCAUCACCUGCAGGAUGCAGGAGGCGAGGAUGCGGUUGGCUUGGAUACAGACAUUCCUUCUCAGCAACAUGAUCCUAGCAGAAGCCUAUGGAUCUGGAGGCUGCUUCUGGGACAAUGGCCACCUGUACCGGGAGGACCAGAGCUCGCCCGCGCCGGGCCUCCGCUGUCUCAACUGGCUGGACACGCAGGGCCACCUGGCGUCCUCGGCACCCGAGUGGGGUGCCGGCGACCACAACUACUGCCGGAAUCCGGACGAGGAUCCGCGGGGACCCUGGUGCUACAUCAGCAGCGAGGCCGGCGGCCUUGACAAGAGAACUUGCGAGAACAUUCGCUGCCCAGAGACCACUUCCCAGCCACCUCCAGCCUCCAUGACAGAGCCACAGGAGCCAUCUGAAGUGCCAGGUGACGGUGAGGUGCAGGUGUUCCCUCCUGCCAACUCCAUGCCAGCCCGGAGUGAGGCAGCUGCUGUGCGGCCCGUGAUUGGGAUCAGUCAGAGGGUGCGGAUGAAUUCCAAGGAGAAGAAGGACCUGGGAACUCUGGGCUAUGUGCUGGGCAUAACGAUGAUGGUGAUCAUUAUUGCCAUUGGAACUGGCGUCAUCUUGGGCUACACCUACAAGAGGGGGAAGGAUUUGAAAGAGCGGCAUGAGCAGAAAGUGUGCAAGAGGGGGAUGCAGCAGGUCAUUCUGCCCUUGUCUGCCUUCGCCAAUCCCACCUGCGAGAUUGUGGACGAGAAGACCGUGGCGCACAGCAGCCAGACUCCCGUGGACCUCCAGGAGAGCAGCACCCCCCUCGUGGGCCAGGCUGGCACCCCUGGGGCCUGAGCCCUUCCUCCGUGGGCAGGAGCCCACGCAGACACCGAUGCAACACAGCCCACCCUCCUACAGCUGGGAGGAUCUACAUUGUGUUGUGGUUAAAAUCCUACCCCCAUUUUUUUUUUUUUUUUUUGGUGAAUCCUCAUGACAGAAGCAGCGAAAGCAGGUAGCACUGUGGGCCGAGGGUAGAGCUGCACAGAGGGCUAUCAGUGUCCUCUCUCCAUUCCCUGGAGCCGGGUUUUGCCUGUGGGUGAAGAGAGUGGUACAAUCCCCACAGUGGUGACGCUGACAAGGGCUUCCAGAUGUUGCCUGUGCCUCUGGAGCUGGACCAGGGACAGAAGGGGAGCUCUCCCAGACUCCUUUGUGCUUUACCAUCUAAGAUGGUUCAGCCUCCGCCUUUCUGUUUGCUCUUCCUAAGUUUGAGUGGCAAACACUGUUAUUCACAGUUAAGGUCAAGCAGAUCAAGAGGCAGCAUUGAAAAAAAUAUAUCUUUAGUUUUUUAAGUAUUUGGGAUGGAACUCCCUACUGACUUGAGAGCUGGAAAUGAGUUUGUGCGGAAGUGAGAACUUUGGGCUGAGGAUGGGAUCUAGGCUGGGGCUUCUGGGUAGGCUCCAGCUUGCUGGCAGUGACGUGCCUUGCCUUGACAACCAUGGGCCAGCCUGGGCCCAGGAACUCUUCCUGUUUCUUUAGGAAAGGAAGGGAAGACUUGCACUAAACAUUCCACUUAGGAACAGGAUAGAGAAGGAUCUGCUUCUGCCUUAGGCCCCUGGGCAAAAGUGGACCUGGGACGCCCAUCACCUCUCUUCUGGGGUGGACAGUGACCGCUCUUCAUUUUGCACUGAUGAGAGAGAAGCCAGCCACCCUGUGGGAAUUACACACUGUGGGGCCUGGGCAGCUGCCUCUGGCCGAUGAACCUGGAAACUGAGCUCAAAGUCAUAAUUGUAAAGCACUUUGGGCUUUGCCUCUGCAGUGUGCCUUGGUUUGCAGGUAGCUCUGAAGCCACCAGGCCAGCACCCUCCCUUUGGGGACAGUGGGGCUAGAGUUACAACCCGCCACUUGUAAAACAAUCAAAGAGCCACAAUCAAAAGAGCCUUUUGGACAUGGGCCAGAGAGGGAAAAGUGACUUGCCCAAGGUCACAGAGCAAGCGCCUGACAUGGCCAAGAGGGCCCAGUUUCCUGAGCGAGCACAGUGUUUGUCCACUGCACUGUGCACAGGGCUCAGAGGCCCUCCAGGCCCUGACGCCACACCGUUUCCCAGCC